AGUCCCCAUUGGUCCGCGGCUGCUCGGGCUCGCCCGUAACGCAAAUCGGCGGACAGGAAAACGCGUGACAGAUCGACGCCCUCUUUUUCAACGAGUUGCCAAGAGUGGCGCGGCGUCGCGAGCGAGGAGUUUGGCGCGUGCACGCUGAGCAGAGAGCGGCGGAGAGUUUUUUUGCUGCUGUCCGCAAGGUUACCGAAGUGCAGCCAAAGAAAGAAAGAAAGAAAGAAAGAAGGAGGAGGGGGAACAGGAGAGAAACUCCACACAGGAUGUUCAGUAUGCAUUUGUCUCGUUUUUACCGUCGAGGUUUAACGGGUUUAGUUUAAAAAGUCGCGUUUGGAACUGAACCGAUUAGGCUCUCUGCUCCUCUCGCGGUAAUUCCGGCUAUUUAAUUGGGACGCAUCCGGACGCAGCUCGAGAGAUCCAGGAGUCUCUGCGGUUUCUGCAGUUCCCUCACUGUCAAGGGGGCAAUGAGCAUUCCUGUCUUUUUGCAUUGACAACGAAAUGGGGGAGCAACCCAUUUUCAGUACCCAAGCGCACAUGUUCCAGAUCGAACCAGCUACUAAGUGCAACUGGAUCCCAGCCAGCAAGCAUGCAGUUACCGUCUCUUUCUUCUACGAUGCCAAUCGGCAUGCCUACCGCAUCAUCAGUGUGGGAGGCACCAAGGCUAUCAUCAACAGCACCAUCACACCCAACAUGACAUUCAUCCCAGAAGUCGGUGGCAGUGGCAAUUUGACAAUUUGUCCAAAGCUAACUCUAUACAUUAAUAUAAUACUAUGUAAUUCACAUCAGUGUGCUAUUUUUUUAUUACACUUUUCUGAGCGCUUUAAGGAGGUCAAAAUAGCUGCUCGGCUAGCUAGAGAGAAAUCGCAAGACAAGAUGCAAUUACUCUGUAGUAUAUGUUCGAAGACUUAUAUGACUUAAAACAUAUAUGCGAUCACUCUGCACUAAUUCUCAACAUGCUUUUAUAAUACUCUCAUAUAAAAAAGGUUAUUUUAUAUUUUUGGUUCUUUGCUAAUGGCUUAACUUGCUAUGCAUUCAAAAUAUAAUAUUCUUCUGAAUCAUUUUUGAUAGACACAUGAUCCACACAGGCAUGUGGAAAGACAGAGAUAUUGAGCAUUAUAAAGUGGAAAAAUAAAGACUCAGAUAUCUUUUAUGUUCAAAUGAGGAGUGAAAACUACAGCUCAUAUCUGAAAUGUAGGCUUUGUUUUUAAGACACUUAGCUAGCUAAUUAGCUUGUUAUGUAUCAUUAUAUUACAUCCCCUUUUUUGCAUAGUUAAUUAUGUUUCCAAGUAACCAAAAUAUAGACCUGGGCAGCACACUGGAGCUCUCUCUUCUGCAGUGCACUAGCUUAUAAUUUGUCCACCUCUGAGGUUUAACUCAGUGGCUAUAUGAUAAACAGAGAAUUUUGUAUCUAUAUUGCCAAAAGCUUUGGGAUGUCUGCCUUUACAUGCACAUUAAUUUAAUAUGGAGUUGGCCUUCCCUUUUCAGCUUCAACUCAUCUGGGAAGGCUUUCCACAAAGUUUAGGAGUGUGUUUAUGGGAACGUUUGACCAUUCUUCUAGAAGCGCAACUGAUGUUGGACGAGAAGGCCUGGCUCACAGUCUCCGCUCUAAUUCAUCCCAAAGGUGUUCUGUCGGGUUGAGGUCAGGACUGGGUCAGGCCAGUCAAAUUCCUCCACACCAAACUCGCUCAUCCAUGUCUUUACGGACCUUGCUUUGUGCACUGGUGUGCAGUCAUGUUGGAACAUCCCCAAACUGUUCCCACAAAAUUGGGAACAUGAAAUUGUCCAAAAUGUCUUGGUACACUGAAGCAUUAAGAGUUCCUUUCAUUGGAACUAAGGGGCCAAGUCCAACCCCUGAAAAACAACACCUGAAUUCAAUGAUUUGGGUGUACCAAAACAUUUGCCAAUAGAGUGUAUUUGCUUCCAGUCGCCAACUUAGAAACUCCUCACAGUCCAAAGCAAUAGAAUAAUGCUCAUAUUCAUUAUAAUUUUUUUUCAGGAGAGACAUUUUCCUCUGCUCAUAUCCCAAGAUUUGGUACAAACUCCUAGAGUGAGGCUGAAAAAGAUGGGUGUGCUUCCACGCAUGUCAUUUGCAAACAGAAAGAAAAGAAAGUAGGUGGAUGUUAUAUGAUUAGAAGAGAUGUUAACACACUCCUUCAUUG